UAAUGUUGUUGUACUUAAGCUUUGUCAUUUUUUUUCAGAUGGUUCUUGAUGAUGCUUUCCCAUUUCGUGCUUUCCAUUUGGAAAACUUAAUACUCAAAGGACUAAGUGACCUGGUUGAUGAAUACACACUUAACCUUGAAAAAGCUAUGGCAAUAAGAGGAUAUAUAGAAGAAUGUGAUUUUCCUUUGAAUAUUUCAAAUCAGAAACUUCAUCAACAAAUCUCCAUUUUAGUCAAUUCCUUUGUACUGGUGCAUUUGUUGCCCACUAUUGUACAAAAUUCAUUUAAUGCUACAAUAUUUUCAAGAGAUGCGGUGUUACCAGGACAAGAUAAGCUUUCUUUACAGAAAGAAUUGGAUUUCUGGAAGCAGGCAAUUCAAGAAGUCUCAAACCGAUUAAAGAGUUGUUUCUGCCAGCAAUUUGUGUCUGGCAUCAUGAGCUAUGAAAAUUCUGAAUCCAUGAAAAAUCUGGAUGCCUGCAGUUGUGGUUACUGCUUACCAGGCUCCUUAAAAGAUCCAAUGCCUUCUUUUGUUUUUCAGGAACUGUUUGUACGGCUGAGGCAUUUAGAAGAACAGUUUGAAUCUAUAUUGCUUGUUGAGGAUGGGAUGAUUAAUAGCUUGUUAAAUGGGAUUAUGAUGACCUUGAUCUUUAGGCUUUCAGAAAACUGGGAGUUCUUGCAAGCUACAAAGAACCAUAAACAGUUGCUUCUAGAUGUGCACUUCUUGAUGGAGAUAGCAAGGGUUGGAGGGUACUUAUCAGAUAAUCUAAUGGUAGCAGCAUUUGAUUUUAUUUCAAUUAUUAAAGAGGAGCUCUCUAGAGAAGAAUUCCAUCUUAACAGGUGACAAUUUAAUCUCACUAGUCAUCAUUGUUGAAUCAUAAACAUCUCUGUAGACUAUUCAAUAAAGCAGUUUCAGAUUUUCAAAAGUUUUUCAUUUUCUACUGCCCCUCCACCCCCCAAGGGUUUUAGCGGUUUUGCCACACCCCGAUGGACCUAACCAAAUUUGCAUAGAUAACAAAUAAGUCCAUUGGCAGGAAUAACUUUAACAGAACCAAAACAAAAAUGCUGAAUUAAUAACCAAAGAAUAAAAUAUCUCAAAAUGCUUGGUUAUGAGUUUAUUACAAUCUGGCUUGCACAUAGAGUUCAACUUUCAUAAUGGAACUAAGGGACUAUUUGGUUGGAUUACUUUGGGUGUAAAGUAUUUCAAAUGCAAGAGUUUUAUAAGGUGAUAAGAUCAUAUUAGAUUUUUCU